AUGAGUUGGCAUGAAAAGAAAAUGUAUACAGCUUCAAUGGUGGAUAAGACACCUACAACUAGAAAAACUAAGAACUCAAAUUCAAGGCGCAGUGACACCAAAGUUUACUAUUUAAAAGUAAACGAUAAAAAGGAAAGAGUUUGCUUAAAAACAUUUUUGGAAACAUUGGGCAUAAAAGAAUGGACAGUUCGAUAUUGGCUAGGAGAGAAGACGACUAUCGACAAUGAAUCUGAACCAAGUGCUGUAGUAGCCACAGAAACAAAAAAGAAUCAUCCAGAAAAUACUUGA